AUGUCGAACCCACGCAUUGAAGAACUCCCAGAUGACGAGCCCACCAAGAACGUCACCGCAGAGGACGAAGCAUCCGAGAGCGAAGAAUCUGAUGCGGAGGCUGGCGAGGACAGUGGCAUUCCCGAGGGAGGAGCUAUUGUGCACUCUCGCAACGAGAAGAAGGCCCGCAAGUCGAUUGCAAAGCUCGGUCUUACCAGAGUCCCUGGCAUCACCAGAGUUACCUUGAGAAGACCAAAGGGCAUCCUUUUCGUCAUCAACCAACCAGAGGUCUACAAGUCCCCAUCCAGCAACACCUACAUUGUUUUCGGUGAGGCUAAGAUCGAGGAUCUCAACUCCCAGGCCCAGGCUUCCGCUGCCCAGCAACUUGCUGCUGCCGAGUCCCACGACCACGCUGGACACGACCACUCGGGCCACGAUCACUCCCACGACAACGGCAAGGGCAAGGCUGUUGAGACUGGUGAUGACAAGAAGGACGAUGAAGAGGAUGAUGGAGAGGAGGUCGAUGCUUCAGGUCUUGAGGACAAGGAUAUUGAAUUGGUCAUGACCCAAGCAAGCGUCUCGCGGAAGAAGGCUGUCAAUGCGUUGAAGGAGAACGACAAUGAUAUAGUCAACUCUAUUAUGGCUCUGAGUAUAUAG